AAGUUCUUGACGACUCUGCUAACAUUCCUCCCAAUUUUUCUGCUCUUAAAUCAAGGACGAGAAGCCUUUACCCUUCACCCGAUAAAGUAUAAACACACCUCUCUCUCAAUCUUUUCACGUGUUUUAUUAGUAUAAAAAAACUGAGAUAUGAGUGAACAUAUAGUGGUAAAUGUCGACCGACUGAUGCGGCCGGUUCUUGCGGAGCCGUCUAGCCUCACGGCUAAGGAGGGUAAUGCAGUUGAUGCAGAGUGUCGUAUUUGUCAAGAGGAAUCUGCUAUUCAGAAUCUUGAGAGCCCAUGUGCUUGCAAUGGUAGCCUCAAGUAUGCUCACAGAAAAUGUGUUCAACGUUGGUGCAAUGAAAAGGGAAACACUAUAUGCGAGAUUUGUCAUCAGCCAUACCAAGCUGGAUAUAAAUCUCCUCCACCUCCACUCCCAUCUGAAGAAACCACUAUUGACAUUGGUGGAGGAUGGACAAUCUCAGGUUUGGAUUUAGAUGAUCCACACAUCAUGGCAAUCGCAGAAGCUGAACUUCAGAUUUUAGAGUCGGAGUAUGAUGAUUAUACAGUUUCUGAUACUAAUCUUGCUGCCUUUUUCCGCAUAUUUGCUCUAAUAUUGAUGACUCUUCUAUUGCGAUGUGCACUGACUAUACCAGAUGGUGAAGAUGAGGACACUUCUUCUAUACUUUCCCUAUUCUUACUCCGAGCUGCCACUUUUCUUCUUCCUUGCUACAUCAUGGCAUCAGCCAUUAGUAUCUUGCAUCGGCGAAGACAAAGACAGGAAGCAGCGGCUUUGGCCAACCGGUUUGCGUUGGUGCUCAGCUCACGUCAGCCUAGAGCCAUGAUUAAUUACUUGUCGAUGGAGCCUUGA